GGAGCGCUGUCCCGGCCGGCGCUGAUCUCACGCUGCCAUUGGCCGCUGUCUGCGCUGACGUCACGAUCAUGAUGAGAAUUAAUGAUCGGAGGCGCUGAUUUCAUUGUGUGACGCCGGGACCGACCCAGCCGAAACCGGCUGAAUCCGGAGCCCCGCGCGCCCGGGCCGGCCCCGCACAGCACGAUGAAUCUGCGUUCUGUAUUUACUGUAGAGCAACAAAGGAUAUUACAGCGUUAUUAUGAAAAUGGAAUGACAAAUCAAAGUAAAAAUUGCUUUCAGCUCAUAUUACAGUGUGCACAAGAAACUAAACUGGACUUCAGUGUAGUCAGGACGUGGGUUGGCAAUAAACGAAGGAAGAUGAGCAGCAAGAGUGCUAUAGAAUCUGGAGGCACUCCCCCAGGGACUGUCCCUACUAUUCCCUCAGUACCUCCGGAAGCAGCAGUUAGAAAUGUGGUAAAUAUUGGUCGAUCCCAAAGUCAGCAGACUUCUUGGACCUCUUCUAAUAAUGAUGUAAUAGUUACUGGUAUAUAUAGUCCUGCUAGUUCAUCUGGUAGGCAAGGAUCCACCAAACAGACAAAUGCUUCAGUGGCAGAAAUACAUAAAACCCCUAUUCCACGGCUACCAGGAAAAGGCGAUACAGAGUUUCAGCAGCAGCACAUCCCUAUAGGACGACAAGUACCACAUUGUAAAAAUGCUUCCCUAUUAGUAGGGGAAAAGACUAUUAUUUUAUCUAGGCAAACAAGUGUACUGAAUUCUGCGAACUCCAUCUAUAGUCACACUAAGAAAAGCUAUGGUGGUUCGUCAGUCCAGACUGCAGAGUUGGUGUUACCUCAGAAGCCCAUGAUAUGCCACAGGCCCUGUAAGGCUGAACCCAUGGGAUGUCAGCGGUUACAAAAGCCAGACCAUGCAGCUCUCACAUCGCAUGUGCCCCCCGGACACAGAGCUAACACCAGGGACCCUUCCUGUAGCACGCAAAACCUGGAAAUUCGGGAAGUGUUUUCUCUGGCAGUUACAGAUCAACCUCAAAGAAUGGUGGGAGGAAGCACAGCACAGAAGCAUUGCUCAGUGGAAGGCACCUGUCUGUCCAUCGCGAUGGAAACUGGAGACGUGGAUGACGAAUAUGCUAGAGAAGAGGAGCUAGCAUCCAUGGGAGCACAAAUACAAAGCUAUUCGAGAUACUGUGAAAGCAGCAGUUCUGUUCGAGUAGAGAACCAAAGUGCAGCCUUGUCUGGGCCAGGAAGAAAUGUGAGCUGUAGUUCACAGAUGGUGAAUGCCAGGGACAUGCCUGACAAUAUUCUGUAUCAUAGCAGAGACUACCAUUUGCCUGCACGGACCUCAUUACAUACAACAUCCAGUACGUUAUAUAGCAGUGCUAAUCCAUCAAGAAGUACCUUUUCUCCUCAUUUUACAACUUCAAGUCAACUGAGGCUGUCACAAAACCAAAAUAAUUACCAGAUUUCAGGAAACCUUACUGUGCCUUGGAUUACAGGUUGUUCCAGGAAAAGAGCAUUACAGGACCGCACACAAUUUAGUGACCGAGACUUAGCUACCCUAAAGAAAUACUGGGACAAUGGCAUGACCAGCCUGGGCUCAGUCUGCAGAGAGAAAAUUGAAGCUGUGGCCGCAGAAUUAAAUGUUGACUGUGAAAUAGUGCGGACUUGGAUUGGGAAUCGAAGACGGAAAUAUCGUUUAAUGGGGAUUGAGGUCCCACCCCCUAGAGGAGGUCCUGCUGAUUUCUCUGAUCAGUCUGAAUUUGUUUCUAAAUCAGCACUUAAUCCAGGAGAGGAAACUGCUACUGAAGUGGGGGAUGAUAAUGAUAGGAAUGAUGAAGUAUCAAUCUGCUUAUCUGAAGGAAGCUCACAAGAAGAGACAAAUGAAGCUCUUCAGAAUGAAGAAAUCGGUCACAAAGAUGAUGACCAGAAUCCCGUAUCUACUGAUAAUGUGCCUGCCUUCUCUCAAAUUAGAAGAAAGGAGAGGAGGAAGAGGAGAGAAGACCCUGAGUGGUAGGGUAAUUUUUAUCUUAAAAGUUAUCUGCAGAAUGAACAGGUGAUGGUUCCAGUUCCCAGUUGCACUCUUCUUGCAGUCAGAGGUUAGAAGAUGGUAGCUCAGAACAUGACAAGAAAGUUUGUGUUACAUUAAUCACACACACCUGAAAUGGGAAAGCGAGCAGGAGAUUCCCUUCCCUCUGUAUAUAGGGAAGGGAGAGAAAAUUUCCUCUCUUUUGUUAAUAUGUGAUCAUCUUUUGUGUAAACUGAAAUGCUAUGGCUGUAUUUUCUGUGGUUACCUGAAUAGAAACAGCUGCCUUUUUCCUUUCUGUUUACCUUAAUGGCCUGCUGUGACCUUAGAUAUAAUCACUCUUGAGUUUCAGUCUGAUGCAUUCACCAUGGAUAUGCAGAAUGUAAAGUGACAAAGUAUAAGGUUUGCAAAGAUGAUGUCCAAGAGACUGAGCUCGCCAGUUUCCUGAACUCCAGCAUUUUAUCAUUGGAAAUGCAUGGGGGAAAUAGGGGAAGCUUUUUCAUACUCUGUUCUGAAAACACUCUAACAAAUUUUUUUCAAUCUCUGCAGCUAAAAUUGGACUAACAUACAUUGGACUUGCAUGAGAGAGACAGUUUUCUUAUUUGAAAUUCUAAUCUGUUCUUUCCCCUACUAUCUUACAAUGUAUAAUUAUAAGUAAGAUCGUGUGAAUGUUUGGCAUUUAUUUAGACACUCUUUCCUCAAGCUGAGCCUGAAAACAAAAAUAUUUGAGUCACAGUGUUACUCAGGGUAUGAUAUAGCAGCAGAUCUUUGUGACAUUAAGCCUUUGAAAUGUUAUCGCUUCAGCUGGGUUGUCAGACACUGAAGCACACAAAAUGUGGUUUACCCUCCCUGUCUUCAACACAAGCUUGAAAGCUUAGUGGGUACUACUAGUGAGAGAAUGCUAACCUUUCUUGGAGGGUUCUCCUUGGUGAUUAAAGUUCUGAUGCCUGGUCUGCAGGCUGACAAAACGCACACACAGGCUGCAGGGAAGAAACCUCCUCUAAAAUAACACCUCAAGAACUAACCACUGAAGUGUGAUGUGUCAGUGUGGACCCUUACCUACAUUGUCUUGUGUACUAAAAACACAGUAAAAUUGCUUUGACUUAUUAUAUGAAGUCUCAUAAAUAGUUACAACAGCCAGAACGAUGAAAAAUGGUUAAAAAAACCCAAACCUUUC